UUUCCACAUCUUUGAGUGUGAUCUCUGUGGCUUUGAAAUCCCGUAAUUUUAGUGGGUUCCACCAUUGUCUCAGAAAAGUUGUUUUAAAGCUUUGCUCUGCAAGUACCAGAAGAGAACUCAUAAAAAGGAAGACAACAGCAGAUGCAAUCGCGGAUGUGGCUUAGUCCUUGCAGCUGCCCCAGAAAGCUGUUUGGAGCAUAAAGUCCUCAGUAAUGAAUCCAGAAGAGCAAAUCGUGACAUGGCUUAUAUCCUUGGGAGUUUUAGAUUCCCCCAAAAAGACCAUCUGUGAUCCAGAGGAGUUCUUGAAGUCUUCACUGAAAAAUGGGGUAGUGCUGUGUAAACUGAUCAACAGACUGAGGCCUGGUUCUGUAGAAAAGUACUGUUUGGAGCCCCAAACAGAAGCUGACUGCAUCAACAACAUCAAUUACUUCCUGAAAGGAUCUGCAACCCUUCAAGUGGAGGUAUUUGAUCCUGAUGACCUUUAUUCAGGCGUCCAUUUCUCCAAGGUUCUGAGCACUCUUUUAGCUGUCAGCAAAGCAACAGAAGAUCAGUUAUCAGAAAGACCAUGUGGACGUUCCUCUUCUCUUAGUGCUGCUAAUAGUUCUCAGACAAACCCACACGGAGCAGUUUCUAGCACAGCUCCAGGGCUGCAAAGGCAGUCAAAGGCAGUGGAAAUGACGGAAAAUGGAAGUCACCAGUUGAUUGUAAAAGCAAGAUUUAACUUCAAGCAGACUAAUGAAGAUGAACUUUCAGUCUGUAAAGGCGACAUCAUUUAUGUCACUAGAGUUGAAGAAGGAGGCUGGUGGGAAGGCACAUUAAAUGGGAGAACAGGCUGGUUCCCUAGUAAUUAUGUCAGAGAAAUUAAAUCCAGUGAGAGACCUCUCUCCCCAAAGGCUGUCAAAGGAUUUGAAACUAUUCCACUUACCAAGAAUUAUUAUUCCGUGGUGUUACAGAACAUCCUGGACACUGAAAAAGAUUAUGCUAAAGAACUUCAGUCUCUUCUUGUCACUUACUUAAGACCGCUGCAGUCCAAUAACAAUCUGAGUACUGUUGAGUUUACAUCUUUAUUGGGAAACUUCGAGGAAAUAUGCACAUUUCAACAGACACUCUGCCAAGCCUUGGAAGAAUGUUCAAAAUUUCCAGAAAACCAGCACAAAGUAGGAGGUUGUCUACUGAACCUCAUGCCUCAUUUUAAAUCCAUGUAUCUGGCUUACUGUGCGAAUCAUCCUUCAGCUGUAAAUGUACUCACCCAACACAGUGAUGAUCUGGAGCAAUUUAUGGAAAAUCAAGGUGCAUCCAGCCCAGGUAUACUUAUUUUAACGACAAGCCUCAGCAAACCAUUCAUGCGACUGGAGAAGUAUGUUACGCUCUUGCAAGAGUUGGAACGGCAUAUGGAGGAUACACAUCCAGAUCAUCAGGAUAUUCUGAAAGCAAUCAUAGCAUUCAAAACUCUCAUGGGACAGUGCCAAGAUCUAAGAAAAAGAAAACAGCUGGAGUUGCAGAUACUUUCUGAACCUAUUCAGGCAUGGGAAGGGGAGGAUAUUAAAACCUUGGGAAAUGUGGUUUUUAUGUCACAAGUAAUGGUGCAGUAUGGAACAUGUGAGGAAAAAGAAGAGCGGUACCUCAUGUUAUUUUCAAGUGUCUUGAUAAUGUUAUCUGCAAGUCCUCGGAUGAGUGGCUUCAUCUAUCAGGGAAAAAUACCAACAGGAGGAAUGAUGGUGACUAGAUUAGAUGAAAUUGAAGGGAAUGACUACACAUUUGAAAUCACAGGUCACAUACUGGAGAGAAUUGUGGUCCACUGCAGCAACAACCAGGACUUCCAGGAAUGGCUGGAGCAUCUGUAUAGACUGAUCAGAGGACCGGCCUCCUGCAGUUCAUUAUCCAAGACAUCAUCUUCAUCUUGUAGUGCUCAUUCUUCUUUUAGUUCUACUGGACUGCCCCGAGGACCAUUGGAACCUCCUCAAAUUAUAAAACCAUGGAGUUUAAGUUGUCUACGACCUGCACCUCCACUUAGACCAUCAGCAGCACUAGGUUAUAAAGAGAGGAUGUCUUAUAUCUUAAAGGAGUCUAGUAAAAGCCCCAAAACUAUGAAGAAGUUUCUUCAUAAAAGAAAGACUGAAAGAAAGCCAUCAGAAGAGGAAUAUGUGAUUCGGAAAAGUACAGCUGCUCUGGAAGAGGACGCUCAGAUUCUUAAAGUGAUUGAAGCCUACUGUACCAGUGCAAACUUUCAACAAGGCCAUGGCUCAAGUGCUCGCAAAGAUUCAGUUCCACAAGUCUUACUCCCUGAAGAAGAGAAACUCAUCAUUGAAGAAACCAGAAGCAAUGGCCAGACCAUCAUUGAAGAAAAGAGCCUUGUUGACACUGUUUAUGCCUUGAAGGAUGAGGUGAAAGAACUGAAACAGGAGAACAAGAGAAUGAAGCAAUGCCUGGAAGAAGAAUUGAAAUCAAGAAGGGACCUAGAAAAGUUGGUCCGGAGGUUGUUGAAGCAAACUGAUGAGUGUAUUCGGGCUGAUUCCAGUAGCAAGACCUCCAUUCUUCCAUAACAUCACUGUGCACCUGGGCAGAGUGUGCCUUCAGUGCUUCUUGAAAUGUCCAGCUGAAUGAUUUGAUUCAGUUUGCUUACUUCUUUGUUUUUUUAUUUUGUAUUUGAAUGAACUCCCUUCCCUCUG